AUGGACUCUGAGGCGGACGAGGAACUCGCCAGGGAUGAAGCCCAAGGCACAGCUCCGACACCACGUCCUGCCCAAAAUGCCUUCACGGCCCUCAUGGCACCCAAGCCCAAGCCCAAGCCGCCAGCGUCCAAGGACCGCCUCGGCCUGGGAGCCUACAUAUCCUCUCCGUCGUCCUUCCCGGCCUCGGUAGUCAUCUACCACAACGCCGACUUCGUCGCCAUCCUCGACAAGUUCCCCAAAUCCACCAUCCACACGCUUCUCCUGGCCCGCUCGCCCGCCCACAACCUCCUCCACCCCUACGAAGCGUUCAAAGACGCGGCCUUUUUGGCAAAAGUCCAACAGGAGACCGUGAAGCUCAGGGCCUUUGUCGCCGCAGAGCUCCAACGCCGGCUGGGGCAGUACUCCGGGACGGACGCAGCCCGGCAGGCGGUGCUCAACGGCGACAAGGACAGCCGGGACGGGGAGCUGCCCGAGGGCAGAGACUGGGGGCGCGAGGUGAAGGCGGGCGUGCAUGCGGUGCCGAGCAUGGCGCACCUGCACGUGCACGUGCUGUCGAGGGACAUGCACUCUGGGAGCAUGAAGCACCGGAAGCACUACAACUCGUUCAACACGCCGUUCUUGGUGGACGUGGCUGACUUUCCGCUGGGGGAGGACGACGAGAGGCUGCGUCCGGGGGGCCAGGGGUACUUGAGGACAGAUUUGAGGUGCUGGCGGUGCGGGCGGGGGUUUGGGAACCAGUUCGCGAGGUUGAAGGAGCAUUUGGAGGAGGAGUUUAUGGCCUGGAGGGCCGAGUGA